AUGCACAGACGCUCGUCUGGCUCGCCUGCCGAGGACGACGCCGAAGAGCCCCUGGUUUCUCGACUCAGCGAACACAGCAAUGGCCCCAAUGCCUUCGAUUCAACAGAGAAGUCGCGCCCUGAGGUAGUCAGAACCGGAACCAGCAUCGAACUCCGUCGCGACACCAACGGGAUUGCGACCCCUCGUUCAAGGAAUUCGAGCACGUGGAGGACACCUUCCUUGACCACUGCCACCUGGACCACCCACGAUCCCCGAUAUACGUCCGCAAUGCCCUUGCCCUCUCAGCGCCUCUCCAUUGAGGCCUCGCCCGACACACAACAUCGGUCCCGGCUGUCUCGCCUCCGCAGUCCGUGGUCGUGCUCGAUUCUGACGGCCCUGACUACCGUCCUCGCUUGCGUCUUCCUCUUCUCGAUCUUCCGCUCCUUCUCCGCUCUCCAAACCGGAAGCGAUGGCUGUGGGGUACCUGUGAUGAGUCCGACCUUUCUUCGGAUGGUGGGGUUUGAUACGGAGCAUACACGCUUUGCGAGCAAAUAUAAUCUGUUCCUCUAUAGAGAGGAAGGUGUUGACCCGUACAAUCAGGAGAAUUUGGGGUUGAAUGGCGCCCCCAUUUUAUUUCUCCCCGGAAAUGCAGGAAGUUACCGCCAGGUCCGAUCCCUGGCCGCCGAAGCGUCAAGACAUUAUGCCCAGGUGGUGCAACAUGAUCAGGAACGACUGAAAGCCGGGACACGGAGCCUGGAUUUUUUCAUGAUCGACUUCAAUGAAGAUAUGGCAGCUUUUCAUGGACAGACGCUGCUUGAUCAAGCCGAGUACGUGAAUGAAGCCGUGGCGUAUAUCCUUUCCCUAUAUCAUGACCCACGACGGACACGAAGAGACCCUGACCUACCCGAUCCGAGCUCUGUGAUUCUCAUCGGACAUUCGAUGGGCGGUAUCGUCGCCCGAACCGCUCUGACAAUGGCGAACUAUCAAGAGAAUUCGGUCAACACCAUCGUUACCAUGUCGGCGCCGCACGCCAAACCCCCAGUGUCGUUCGAUUCGGACAUCGUCCACACGUACAAGCAGAUUAAUGACUAUUGGCGUGACGCUUAUUCACAGACUUGGGCGAACAAUAAUCCUCUCUGGCAUGUAACGCUGAUUUCGAUCGCCGGCGGCUCGCGCGAUACCGUUGUUCCGUCCGACUACGCCAGCAUCUCGUCUCUCGUGCCGGAGACUCACGGCUUCACCGUGUUCACAUCCACAAUACCCGACGUCUGGAUAGGAGUGGACCAUCUUUCCAUCACAUGGUGUGACCAGUUUCGAAAGGCUAUCAUCAAGUCUCUGUUUGAGGUGGUCGAUGUGCGGCGAGCUAGUCAGACCAAACCGCGAGCCGAGCGAAUGCGCAUUUUCAAGAAAUGGUACCUAACGGGAUUGGAGUCUGUAUCGGAAAGGGUGCUCCCACGAAAUGAACCGAGCACUUUGUUGACACUGGAAGAUAAUACCAACACGAUUCUAGCUCAAGGCCAGCGACUCACCCUUCGCGAGCUCGGCCACCGUACUGGACCUAAUGUCCAUCUAUUGCCUGUUCCUCCACAAGGGGUGUCUGGGAAGAAAUUUACCCUUCUCACCGACCAGCGCCUGGACAGAACCGGAGAGCAAGGGAACCUGGAAGUUCUGUUUUGCAGCGUGUUCCCGCUGCAUAAUGGCAAGGCAUCGACGGUGUUCUCCAUGAAUAUGGACCUUGCAGAUAGCACAGGCUCGACGCGUCUUGCCUGCAAGAAUGCAGCGUUUGACGAGAUCCACCUCCCUGCGUCUACGCGCACUUCAAAGAACGCCUACGACCGAGUUCGACCAUUCUCUUAUCUUCAGUAUGACCUAGAGGAUCUAGCUGAGCAUCAGUUCGUGGCGGUUGUCGACAAAGCGCGUGUACCCACAAAAGGCUGGGUUAUAGCGGAGUUCUCCGACAGCUCUGACGCCUUGAUCAAAGCCCGUAUCGGCCUAGGUGGGCUCUUGAGCGCCGGAUUGAAAGUGCGACUGCCGGCUAACCGGCCUAUGCUCACCGAGGUGAAGAUCCCGGCCUUGUACUCGAGCUUACUGGACUACAAGCUCCGUGUUGUCCGCCACCGUCAUGUGGGCGAUCAGCCGGAACUUUUCUCUCCUCUCUUACGCCAGUCGAUCCCCGAUCCACACGAGUCAAAGUUCUUCGUCAAUGUUGACAAGGUUAAUGUGAACUUGCAUGGCCUCGCGCCGUACAUGCCUCCGCCCCUUCGUCAAGCAAGUCAGAAUGGUGUUUCCUUCCAGUUGUGGACUGAUCCGACCUGCGAUUCUACGGUUGACAUCACCCUCACUGUGGACAUUACCAGCAGCUUGGGCGAGCUAGUGAUGCGGUACAGAACCGUGUUUGCUGCUUUCCCCCUUCUCGUCGUGGCGAUGGUUCUUCGCAAGCAGUUUCAAGUAUACGAUGAAACGGGAUUUUUCAUCACGUUCGCCGAGGGCUUGGACCGUGCCCUGCGUUCUUCUAUGCCGAUCCUGCUGUUGGCGAUGUCGCUUCUCGCAUCUUCACUCGCCACCUCAACCACCAUGCCGGCCGGAGAUGAUCCGUUCCAUUGGGCGACAAAUUCGACCGAAACACCGAUUGAUUUCACGAAGAAUGACCUUUUACUAGGCUCGCAGGACGCCUUCUUUUGGUUUCUCGUUCCGCUUUUCGGCCUCAUCAGCGUGGGAGUGUGUGUUUUGCUGAGCUAUGUCUCGCUACUCCUGCUGCAAAUCUUGUCUUUCGUCUAUGGCUUUUGGAAUAGCAAGUCUGGAUAUAUCAGACGUGAUGAUAAGGGGUAA